AUGACGACUCCUAAUCCCCACGUAUCGCCUCCUGAGCACUAUGGCGGUCUCGAGGUUGAUACACGCCAGACCGCCGGAGGAGGUUGGAACUCGGACGACUUCACCAAGUUCCGCGUUACCAACCAGAACCCCAGCAACUUGCCGCAGGUCUACAGUCCCGAACUUCCCGAAGUAGCACCAUAUCAGGGACGAGAUGCCUCGAUGCCGCAAGCUGUCGACCCAGCCUAUUCAGGUGCAGGUGCGGGUACAGGUGCGAGUGCAGCUGCGGCGCCCGCGGCGGCGGUAUACGACUCCGGUUACUACGCACCGAAAGCCCCCCACGAAGAAGCCGUUAUAGAAGAGAUUAAGGAACCUAAGGUCAGGACAAUAUGUGGAAUGCGGAGGAAGGUGUUCUGGAUCGUCCUGGUCGUGGCCCUGAUUGUUGUCAUCGGUGCCGGUGUCGGAGGAGGCGUUGGUGGGGCUCUGGCCGCUCAGAACAGUGCUCAAGAUGGUUCAUUAGGCGGCUCGUCCACAGGUGGUAGCGGAAGUAAUGGUGAUAGUGGGAGUGGGAGUGGUAGUGGAAGCGGAAAUGGAGGGGGCAGCAGUGGCGGCAGUGGCGGCAGCGGCAACUCGAGCGACUCGACAAGUCAGGGAGCUAUUUUGCCUGCCUCGAACAUCGGCUCCCUCAAUUUUACCGACCUUUACGGCUUUGAGAACCAUAUGGUAUUCUAUCAACUUCGCACGAAGCAAGUUUGGCAAUCAUUCUGGAACUCGUCAACCAAAGUAUGGACCUCGGCUGAUGCCAAGGUUGGGGACACUGUGAAGGAGGGCACACCCAUCUCUAACAGUUUGUUCUGGCAUAGCAAUUCUUCUCGCGACAUCCGAAUUUACUACUUGAACGAAAAAAACCAAGUCAUGGGCCAGAUUAACGCCAAUCCUGUCUACGGUCUCACGUGGGAUAAAUCCGGGGUCUCGGAACAAUUCACCGCAGCAGCUUCAUCACAAUUACUUUCUAAUGGACAAUAUUCUGCCGACUCCUACCUUUCUAACUUGGUACUUUACCAGGAUUCCGGCAGCACUCUACGAGUGUUGCGAAGGACAGGGGGGAACACAGACUGGGUUGCCACCGGCAUCUCUACCAGCUUCGGCAAGCCUGCUGACGGCACCGGCCUGUCCUUUAUUCCAGUAUACACGACCGAGCGUACCAAGAAGAUGAAUCUUUUCUAUGUUUCCGACUCAGGCUCUUUGGUUGGCUUAACUCUUACAAACAAUAAUGAUUGGAGUGGCGAAACACUACCGACGACGGUAGAAACCAAUUCCUCCAUUACCGCAUUCUCAUCCGGAUACAACAAUACCGAUCUCACAAUACAUGUUUUGGCGACGCAGACAGGAAAGGCGCCCGUCUUGACAACUUACUCUGAUGGCAAGUGGAAGAAUGAGGGUGAGAUUGAGACCAUGUCGGGAGAUGACAGACCUAUCAAGAUCUCGGCCAAUUUGGGUGGCAGGGUAUACGGGAUAGUAGAGAGGAGUAGCAAUAAGGUUGAGAUAGUGGAGUGGGAGUGGACAGGUGGCACAUCAUAUAAUAAGAUCGGUGUGGUAGAUGUCGUAACAUAA